UCUUUUGGAAGACUAUCCCCAAAAUGUCUAAGAUCUCAGUCGCCGGAGUGCGCCAGAAUGUUGAGCAGCUGCUCGAAUACUCUCACAAUGAGAAGAAGAGGAACUUCCUCGAGACCGUCGAGCUCCAGAUCGGUCUGAAGAACUACGAUCCCCAGCGUGACAAGCGUUUCUCUGGCACCAUCAAGCUGCCUACCGUCCCUCGCCCUAACAUGAGCCUCUGUGUUCUCGGUGACCAGCACGAUCUUGACCGUGCUAAGCACCACGGCGUUGACGCCAUGUCCGCCGAUGACCUCAAGAAGCUGAACAAGAACAAGAAGCUCAUCAAGAAGCUUGCCCGCAAGUACGAUGCCUUCCUUGCUUCCGAGAGUCUCAUCAAGCAGAUUCCCCGUCUCUUGGGUCCCGGUCUCUCCAAGGCUGGUAAAUUCCCUACCCCCGUCUCCCACAACGAUGAUAUGGCCGCCAAGGUCACCGAUGUCAAGUCCACCAUCAAGUUCCAGCUUAAGAAGGUUCUCUGCCUUGGUGUUGCCGUUGGCAACGUUGGCAUGACCCAGGAAGAGCUUGUUGCUAACAUUAUGCUUGCCAUCAACUACCUGGUCUCUCUGCUCAAGAAGGGCUGGCAGAACGUUGGCAGCCUUGUCAUCAAGGCUACCAUGUCUCCUCCUAAGCGUCUUUACUAGAUUCUUUUUUUUUCGCUAGGGGAAAAAGUUCUGUCUUUUUUUUUUUUUUUUUUUUUUUUUUCCUUGGGAGCUUGAAAGUGGGAUUAUGUAUGCUAUAGCUAGCUGAAAUGUGACCACGAAUUAGUGUUCUCA